GCACACUCCCUCUUACUAUCCCUUCACUCACACUCUUACCUUCAUUCAAAGGGGGUGUUUUCACUACUUUAACAUGGCGACACUCUCUAACAUGAUUCUGCUGCGUUGUUCUUGGCAUUUAGUGUUGCACGUCGUCUUCUGGUGGUUUCUGCUGGCCGUUAUUCCUAGCAGCAUGGCCAUGGUGACCAAUGUACCAAACGAAUCACCAUCCAUAGAAGCCCAAGAAGAGGCUUACGUUACCUUCCGACACAAAACGGACAGUCUUACCAUUCUCAUGCUUCUCACUUUACUAUUACUCACAAUUUUGACCAUUUGGUUGUUUAAGCACAGACGUUUUCGAUUCGUGCACGAAACUGGACUUUCUAUGAUAUACGGUUUGGUCGUUGGUGCCGUAAUCCGUUAUGCUGGCGGGCCGUCUUCUCACCGCGUUCCACCACAAGCCAAGCUCAUCAAUGCAACAGCUACAGUUGAAAAUAUACCAAAUUCUAUUUAUUUAUUUUUGAAUAUAUCUAACAGUAGUCACUCAGAGACUUUACAAUAUAAUUUUUACAGCAAAGUUAAGACUGAAACUCAGGGCGUGCCUUUAGAAAGAACAGUUACAUUUGAUCCAGAGUUGUUCUUCAAUGUUCUUCUUCCUGUUAUUAUUUUCAAUGCUGGAUACAGUAUGAAACGAAAACAUUUUUUUCGGAACCUUGGUGCAGUUAUGACUUAUGCUUUAAUUGGUACCACAAUAUCCAGUAUAGUAUUUGGUGGUAUCAUGUAUGGCCUGACCAGAAUAAUGAACAUAUCGCAUCUCAUCCAGUUGACUGAUUGUUUCUUUUUCGGUGCUGUGAUAUCAGCAACAGACCCUGUUACAAUUCUGGCUAUUUUCCAUGAUCUCAAUGUUGAUGUUGAUUUGUAUGCGCUUGUCUUUGGUGAAAGUGUGCUCAAUGAUGCAGUGGCUAUAGUGUUGUCUCGAGCUGUUGAACAGUAUGCCCAUGCAGCAGGAGGAGAAAACCAAGCAAAUGCUUUCUUUGGUUCCCUGGGCAAUUUCGUUGGAGUCUUUUUGGGUGCUUUUGUGAUUGGUGCAGCUAUUGGCUGCAUAACAGCUUUGAUAUCAAAAUAUACAAAGAUUCGAGAAUAUCCUUUAUUAGAAACAGCACUGUUCUUCUUGAUGUCUUACAGUACGUUCCAAGCUGCCGAGGCUGCUGGACUAACAGGAAUUGUUGCUGUCCUAUUUUGUGGUAUUACUCAAGCUCAUUAUACUUAUAACAAUCUCUCGUCAGAAUCGAAAGCGAGGACAAAACAAUUGUUCGAGCUAUGCAACUUUUUAGCUGAAAAUUUUGUAUUCCUCUAUAUUGGAGUGUCUGUAUUUACUUUCCAAGCCAUGAAAUGGCAUGCAAUUUUUAUAUUUUCAGCAUUUGUAUCCUUUUUCCUAACAGAUUUUUCAAGAUUUUCUAAUGUUUACCCGCUGUCCUAUUUGCUAAAUUUAGGACGGAAGAACAAAAUUAGUUUUGCUUUCCAACACAUGAUGAUGUUUGCUGGUUUACGAGGAGCAAUCGCUUUUGCUCUAGCCAUUCGGAACACGUCAACGGCAGCCCGACAGUACAUGGUAUCUGCCAUCAUGAUGGUUGUUCUUGUAACAGUCAUAGUGUGUGGAAGUAUGACCACGCCCAUGUUACAGUGGCUCAAGAUCAGAGUUGGUGUUGAUGAAGAACACGAGCAGCCAUUUGAGCCUGUGCGUACCGCCAUUAAUCGCCAGAAACAGUAUAGCACAAUGGAUGGGCCAGCGAGUGAACAGUCUUCAUCUUCUGCAGCUGGUGGCACACCAUCAAACUCUACCGCAGCAGGAGUCCCAAAUCAGACCAACACGAGUCCUGGUUCAGUGCCAAGUGAGCAGCCGCCUUCAGGAGAGAAAGCUUGGUUGGUGCUUCAUUGGUACAAUUUUGAUACCAAAUACAUGAAGCCAUUCUUGACUAACAGUCGUCCCCUGCUCACAGAAACUCUACCAACCUGGUGCUUACCCAUAGCAAAACUUUUAACCACAAAUGAACAGUUAUCUGAAGGUCUUCAUAAACGGGAGUCUGAUUCUGAUACGGAUAUGAUUAUUGACCACAGCGAGUCAUACGGAGAAAACACCAGUGUUGCCUCUGGACACACGGCCGACAUGAUAGACAGAAAGCCAACAUUACAAAUUAACUUGGAAGAUGAUGCAACAAGCGGAGACCUUGGACUUGGGGAAAGUAACCACCACCAGUUAAGCCUGCGCAUCAAUCUGCCCGGUUCCCAUGAUAAUAAUCCAUACAAAACUUUGCCUGACUGAGAACAAAACACCACCUGGAGGUUUUACCAUUGAAUAACAUUAAAUAUUGCGUGAACAUCCCUAAAUCCAGUUUGAAUCAAUAUUCCAAGAAAUCUUCAUCAUCCGAGCACUUAUUUUUGUUAUCUUUCUUUAUUUUAUCCCCUCCCUCCCACCACCACCGCCAAUAACAACAACAACAACCACAACAACAGCCAUGGACUUGACUUUUGGAGUAAUGUAAAUAAGUAUUCAUUUACCUGAAAUAACGAACGUUUAAACUUUAUUACACAUGUACACAUACACACACAUAUACACAUAAAUAUGCAUUAGCUCAUGCUAGAAGCAUGGUGUCCCGCAUCGAAGAUGGCAUUUAAUUUAAAGAUUGUUAAUUAAACAGUUAAAUGCUGUUCUAAUUGUGGGACAUCUGUUGCAUACGUCCAGAAGCAUACAUAUAUGUGUGUGUGCAUAUGUCUACCUCUCUCUAUAUAUAUGUGUAUAUAUAUAUAUAUAUAUAUAUAUAUGUAUACACACACACACACACAUAUACAUAUAUAUAUAUAUAGAUAUAUAUAUACAUAUAUAAAUGCAUAGAUAUAUAUCUAUGUGUAUAUAUAUAUAUGUGUGUGUGUGUAUUUAUGUAUAUAUAUAUAUAUGUAUAGAUAUAUAUGUGUGUAUAUAUGUGUAUGUGUGUAUGCAUGCACAUAAAGGCUUGUAUAAAUAUGUACAUAUACACUCAUGUGGCUUGCCUAUAACCACAUGCUUGUGAUUAUUUUCAAACACAUGUAUAUAAUCUUGAAUUGUUUUGGUGAAAAAAAAAAAUCUGUUAUAAAGUUUAAAUUUAAGCUCAUUUAUAUUAAUUUUAUUUAAGAACUUAAAUUAUAUUUUAAUUUCCAGCUCGCAUAAGAAUAUCCGAAUUAGUUAUUUUACCAAAUUCUUGAUGAUAAUAAAUGACAGUUAUGAAAACGUCAGUGUUUUUCAUUGGAAAUAUAGCAACCAAAGACUUAAAGACCAGCUUUUAUGCAGGUUUAUUAACCUUCGUAGAUAUUCCCUUUAAGAUGGUCUAUGUGUCUUCUGAAAAUGGUCUGGCUUAGUUGAUUGAAAUAGAACUGUUGUGGACUGAAUGAGAAAGUAAAAUUACCAAUUAAGCUAACAAGAAUUAUUAAUAUUACUUAUAUUAAUUAGGGUAGGAAGCUGGCAGAAUCCAUACUGCACAGGGCUAAAUGCUCAGCAGCAUUUCAAUAAUCUUUACAUUCUGAGUUCAAAUCCUACCAAGGUCAACUUUUCCUUUCAUCCUUUCAGGGUUGAUAAAAUAAGUACCAGUUGAACACUGGGGUCGAUGUAAUCGACUUACCCCCCCCCUCCCUUGAAAUUACUGGCCUUGUGCCAAAAUUCGAAACCAUUAUUAUGGAAAUGGAGGAGGUGAAGGUUUUUGAUUUUUAGUUUGGAUUUUGUAAUUCUACAUACCAUUGGUCGGUUGAACUCUUUAUUCUUCUGAUUCUGUAAUCUUCUCAAGAUAUCUGUCAGAAAAUACAAAUAUUGUCACUGUGUUUAUUAUUAUUAUUAUUAUUAUUACAAUUAUUAUUAAUACCCUACAAAGUUUAAAUGCAAUUAAAACAGCAAAUUAAUAUAUGUUAUUUGCCAGGAAUGUUAGGUUCAGUCAUUCAGUUUUUGGUAAAACUAGAAAUAAUAAUAAUAAUAAUAAUAAUAAUAAGGUUACUUGUUGUAGCCUGAUGUUAGGAAUUUUUUCCAACAGUCUAGUCUGUUGUGUGUAAAUGAUAUAAUAAUAAUAAUAAUAAUAAUGAUAUAUAUUGAAAAUUCCUUUGUAAAAAAAUAAAAUAAUUAUAAUAAAACAAAAAAAAA